GAUGAACGUUGAUGAAAGUGGCACGGAUCGCACUGGGUCACACAGAUGUAGCUCGGAAAGAACCGGUAGAGCAGUAUCACUUGGUAAAAGGGAGUUAAAAGUAUUGCUCUGUAAAUCUGACUUAAAAAUAUGGAACAUCCUAGAAAGGAUGCUGUCAAACAGGUAUUGCCUUUGCCUGUUCGAAUGCAGGGAGAUGGCAUGGAAAAUGAAGCAGAAGUUAAAAGUGAUGCUGUUCCUGUGAAACGAGAUAAGAAUAGUUUAGGAAGCCGGCUGAUCUACAGAGCUCCUGACUUCAAACACUUCACCCCUACACCUCCAGUUAUUACUGGGAAAUUAGUCAAUUUGGUUCCAAAGAAUAUAACACAGACCAAGAAGGAUAAAAUUCUGUUGGGUAACCUGAAGGGCAAGGAGCCAAAAUUUGUGCCAUAUGAACCUUACAAGGCUGCAGUGAAGCCCAUCAUACCAUAUGAGAAAAAAGGAAAGCCAAGGGAUAGAAAAAUUUCACAAAAUUCUUUGGAUCUGAAGAUUAGGGUUACAAAUAUGCCAGAUGUUAAAGAUGGUAUAAGAGAACAUGAGGAGAGCAGCAAAGAGGCUGGGGUUGGCGACCAGACUGAUGCUGCAGCACAGGAGAGGAAAGCAAUGGAGAAUGAGAUCAAGACACUGAGAGAAGAGAAUGGACAAUUGGAAAGUCAGUUGAAGUUCCAGGCUCAGGUGAAUGGGGAACUCAAAAAUCUGUUGGUGGCUGCAGUAGGAGAAGAUCUGGAGACACGGGUGCACCUGCUGACAGAAGACAAGCUGCAGCUGGCACGUGCCUUGCUCAACUCAGCACAACGUCUGUCAACACACCAGGAACAGACAGAAUGGCUCGCAGGGCAAUGUGAGGUGUGGAGGAGCAAGUUUCUGGCUAGCAGUUUAAUGGUGGAGGAAUUGGCCCGUUGGAAGGCAGCCCUGAACCAGAAAGCUACCGACCUGCAGGAGGCACUGAAGAGAGUUCUAGAGGAGCGGGGUAAGGCCCGGGAGUCUCUUCUCAACACGUACAGAAACCUGAGUGUUCUACGGGAGAAUUUCGACCACACAUACAGUAUCAGCCACAAACCUGAGCUGGCCUCAACUAACAUUCUGGAUCUUGCAGCAGGCACCAUGCUUCUCAGCAAGUCCCUGCAUCAUACUCUCCUAGGCAGUAGCAAUACACAUGCAAGGACAGAGCCAGACUUCACUGGCUUAAGCAUGUCCACUUGUGCCGAGAAAAUUGCAGAAAGUCUGCUGGCAAACCCGAUGCCACUCCUGCUAUCUGAUGCAGCAUGCAGUGCUGUAAUGGGCGCCGCAGUUGCUGUGGGUGGACAGAUGCUCAUCGGACCUUCUAUACCAGUGUGCUGUGGUCACUGCAGUGGAGAGAUUAAACUUAGAGCAGAGAGUGGGAAGAACACAACUUUUUAAAUGAUCAUCCUUUCAAAGUUCAAAGCUGUGUGAUCUCUGUUGAAUAUGCGGAACAAUUGGGACGUCCACUGACAAGCAAGACAGAUGAAAAUGUGGAUUGAGUCAAGGAAGUAUUUCACAAACAGAUGAAUCACUAUUCAUGAAGUUGGUGACAUGUUGUGAAUUUCAUUUGGAUCAAUUCAGAGCAUUAUGAUGGACAAUCCAAACAUGCAUCAGAUUGCUGCCAUAUUCGUGCCUCGCCUGCUGAGUGAAUACGAGAAGGAAAACCAUAUUGACACAUGCCAAGACAUUCAUGGGAGGCUGAAAAAGACUCAGAAUUCUUUCGAUGUGGGUUUAUGUGUAUGACCAAGAAACCAAGCAACCAUUUCAGUGGAAGAGCUUAUCAUCUCCGUGGAACAUAAAAGGCAAGACAAGUUCAUUCAAACAUGAAGAGUGUGCUCAGUUUUUUAUUUGGGGGGGGGGGCGCAUUUAAUGAGUUGUGCAUUAUGAAUUUUUUCCACAAGAACAAACUGUAAACCAACAUUACUACACUGACAGUCAACAGCAUUUGAAGGAAAAUGUGUGGCUUGAAAAAUGGAAUUCAUGUCAUUGGUUUCUCCAUCCUCUGACAUAAAUCAGAGAUGUAGUGUACAGCUACAAAAUGGUCAGAAAGGAAAUGGUUUGUGAAACACCAUGUAAAGGAGUGGAGGGAUGUGGCAGGACCCAAUAAUGUAUUGAAAGAGCAAACGGGGCAACAAAGGGAAAAAUUGCUAUUAAAAUAAGAUUUAAAAGUUUGUGACAAUGGUACAUUGCUGCAAGUAUUAUGUAUCCUGUAUAUUUUCUAAACACAAUGUUUCGGAGACUGGAUUCUGCCCCAU